AAGCGUUAACAUGCUUCUAAAAAAAAAAAUUAACUAAAAACCAAACCCUUCUCUACAUUAUAUUAUAGGCCAUUAAGUCUGACGCCCUCCUUCUGCAAAACCCUGUAUAUUAAAUUAUUUAGGGGUAGCAAGAGAUACGCGAUGACACUUUUCUGUCACGUAAACUUUUGUCAUCUUAAUUUAUUUUCGGCUACUAAAAAUAUGUUUUGGCUCUUCUGGGCGAUCUAUAUAAUAAAAAAAAUCAAAUUUUCUAGUUUUCAAAUUGGUACUUGGAAAAACUAACAGACGAUAAAAGCACAACUAAACAGUUAAUCCAGAGCAGUUGAAUGCAUCAUGUUGAAACCGGCUAAAUUCCUUAUCUUCCUGGUAACAAUCCCGAUGAGCCAGGGCCUGGAGAAUUGUCAAAACCAUCCCCGAAACUUAACCUAUUACAAAAUUAAAUCAUGCUACAAAUCUCCAUCUCCAGUGGCUUUUUGGAAGAGAGUUGAUAGCCUGGAAGAAUGCUACAUAUUCGCAAGGGAAAAGUCUGGAUUAGGUUUCAACUUUAGUCCUGCGGACGCGAUCAAUUUGACCGAAGUCCACCAGCCAAAUUGCCAGGUUUUAGCUUGCCCAGAAACUGGUGAAAUUUCCUCACUAAACCUGAAUUUGGGCUACGACUACUACAGCGCCUAUGGGGAUUUGAACAAGACCAGAAACGCCACAUGCAUCAAAUCGUUGGGGCUUUUUACAUUGACCAAAAUCUCCCAGAACUACAGCCAGUCGAUAUUGGCCUGCCAGAAGAAAAAUGGGGAACUGGCCGAUGUUUCCUCGGAAAAACGAACCAUUCUCCUAUCGCAGACCAUCAAGGAGAAACUCCCUGGAUUGAAUAACGCAGCCUUUGUUGGGUUGGAUGACAUCGAAACUGAAGGAGUCUUUCGGACUAGUUUCGGAAAUCUUUUGACAUGUUCAAAAUAUAGAGCUUGGGCGCCAGGGCAUCCUCGAUCCAAAUUCCCAUCAGAAGACUGUGUGACUCUGGAUGCUGAGCAGAUGUGGAGGACUGUUAAGUGCCAUCAAGCGAAACUCAAAGCACUUUGUGAAUUGUACCCUCAACCUCCGAGUAAGGUGGAAAAAUUGCCGAUACCAGCGAAUGUGACCUGUGGUCACAUCCCCACCAAACAGAAAGUGAAAAAACGAGCAUGUUUUGAGGAGAAAAUGAUGUUUGAUCUAUACCAAAAUGCCUCCAGAGUGGACAGAUGUGCGUUGAUCGACUAUUGAAUCUAGUGGGUUCCUAACUAAGCUAAGCUGGGUAAAAUAUCUACUGUUUUCAAGUGCGUGUGAACAAUAAAAGAUGAUAAAAUUC